CCAAGCAAAUAGCAAUAGCAGGAGCAGGAGCAGUCAGACAGAAUAUUCCAGUCUUGGGGAGGACUUGUUUGCCAUUCCAUCUUCCCCCAGAUCACAUUCUAGAUACUUCCAGCCCAGUCCAUCACCCCCUUUCAGCCUCUUUGCCUUCCCACGUCACUCUAUAUAGUGCAGGACAGGGAGUCCAGUUGGUGGGGGAAUGUCUCAUUACUUGUCUCCAGGCUUUGGGAUGAAGCUUUCUCCUAAUCAAAUGGCAAACAGCAGCAGCACAGACACUCUGCCUCCUGGCUGGGAAAUUAAGAUCGACCCUCACACAGGUUGGCCGUUUUUUGUGGAUCAUAACACAAGGACCACAACGUGGAACGACCCCAGGACAGAGCUGCAGAAGGAAAGGCAAGCUUUCUCCAAUGGCCCAUAUCCAUCAGCGUAUCCCGCACCGUCACAAGAUAACCCAAAACAGCGGCAUGCAAAGGAAUUCAGCACUGCAAGUCAUCACCUUCGCCCAGGCUACAUCCCCAUCCCGAUAAUCCAUGAAGGAGCGCCUGAACAAUAUCAGCAGAAAUACCACUAUUCGCCUCAGCAGCCUGACAUGCAGAGACUUAAAGCUGAAUGCCGGGCACACCCGCCAGUGAGAGCACAGUCUCCAACCAGACCCUCUCCAGCAGGGUCUCCAUUGGAAGCAACAAAGGCAGACAAGCAAAGUGGUCAAGCUUCUCCAGUUAGCGUUGGACAAGCUCCUGGCUUGCAAGGGUCAGAGCAUUCACCGUUCCAAACUACUUCCAGCCCCCAGACAUUUUCUUCUCAGCCACAUGGCCGAUCGAGCGUAGGAAGUUCCCAGCUGCCUUCCGGUUAUAUUCCGAUACCGGUGAUCCACGAGGGAAUGACGGCAAAACAUCCUCAGCAAGCUUAUUACCCUGCCCACCAAACACAGUACCCCUCCCAGCAAGCCCAUCAGCCACUGCAGCAAGCCCAAUACUCAACUCAACAAGCCCAUCAUCCAAUGCACCCAACCCAGCAAGCAUAUCACCCAGCCCAGCAGGUACAGUACACUUCCCAGCCAACACAGUACACAGUCCAGCAGCAACCGGUUACCCACAAGAGUCCACCCGAAGACUGGGGAACAAGCACAGCUCGGGCACAGUCGCCGUUGAGAGUUGUUCUGAAAGAAAUGCCCAGUCGUGAAGCUUCUCCAGCUCAGAUUUCUCCACCAGGUCGAUCGCAGUCACCUGCCUGGGCUCAUACAGGCCUGGACAGACCACAGGCUCCUCAGCAACGAGCUCAGCAUCAAGAGACACCGAGAAUGCAACAGGAAACUAAAGCUGGGUCCUUUGGCACAGAGCCUCCUCCGACGUAUAUCCCAAUUCAGGUCACUCGUGUUGAUCCCGACACCAAGCAACCACCACAGAAGCCUCAUCCCCAGUCCCAACCUCAGGCUCAACCAGAGAAAGCUGAGAGGAAAACUCCAUCUCCUGCACAGAGCGGCAGCUCUCAGCAAGAGCAGAGAACAGCCCCAGAAGAGGCCAAGGCUCAAAAGCCCAUUGUGACUGAUGCACCUGAAAGGCAUCCCGGUCUGGUAAAGAUAGAUAAAAUACUGCAGACAGUUCAGAGGCUUGAGGAAGACGUGAACUCAUUUGAAGGAAACCGGGCAGACAAACACUAUCUGUUGCUUGAAGAAUUGCUGACUAAAGAGCUUCUGGCUCUGGAUUCGGUGGAUCCCAAUGGACGGGAUGACGUGCGUCAAGCCAGAAGAGAUGGAGUUAAGAAGGUUCAAAACCUUCUCGAGAGGCUGGAGCAGAAAGCCAGCUCCUCUGAGCCUCAACCAGGCACGAUUGAGAAAUACGCUCAAAGAGAUAAUAUAGAAGGUGACUGCAAGAGAGACAAACACUGCGCAAACACAGUUACAGAAGAAUCCAAAAUGGAAACUGACCAACAGGAAAUGAACCCAGGAGUAUCCGCCGAUUAUAACAAACGUUAACUGUUUUAUUAGCCCAAAGUGCAUUUUUUUUUAAGAUUGGGUUGAAUUGUUUCGAAGAUGCAUGCAAAUCGGGAACCUUUUUUUCACAUCUGUGUCUCUCCAAAAUUAUUUAGCCUUCUGGAAUACACAGGGAGACAAUUUAUGAACAAAUGUCCGUUCGACACACAAGACUUCAGUUAUUUGUAACCAACUUUGAAGAAUAUUAUUCCGCUAAUGAAUUGCUAAUGAAUCACGCGUUAAACAAGCCUCUGUGUUUUGCUUUUUUUUUCGCAUACCAUCUCCCUUGCUAUUAAACCCACCCAUGUAGCACAUGGUGGUGAGUGGUAAAACUGUACAUACGCCAGUGUAGUGUUUAGCUUAUAAACUGCAAGUAUUACCAAUGACAUGAAGUGACAAGCUGGUCACUGUUGGGCACUUUAUGAAAGAGUAUGAUGAAAAUGUACAAGAGAUUGGUAGAGUACGAGCAGAACAAUGUAGAUAAAGGUUUCUCUAUAUCCAACAAAGAAGCAAUAAAUUGAGAGAUAAUUUACAAUGAGUGGAAUAGCUAUUUUGUCAGUAACAAGCACUCGAUGUUUAUUUUAAACUAAUGCACGUUAGGCCCAAAGAAUAUCCUUGCUUACCAAAGUAACAGACUUUUAAAAUUCAGGCAGGAGAGGGUUUCUACGUUUUGACCUCCCCUUUGAAGUGCAUUCCAGUCAAAUGAUUGUUUCUGGGUGUAAGAUCAAGCUCUCAAACCGCAUGUCUUGUUUACAAAUGGCAUUGAGCUCAUCUCAGCACCUGACGCUAUGAUUGAUAGGACCUAAAACAGUCCAGAAUGGAGGUCGCUGGGAUUUCUCAAAAUAAAACCUCAGCCAGCAUUUCAUAUCACUGUACAAAAUACAAACGGGUCUCAUUUGAAAUAUGCCUUUUGGUAAGUAAAGACUCUUUACCUCUUGAUACAAGCUAGAAUAUGCUUCUAUGGGACAACAGUACGUAAUGAUUGUUUUAUUGUAACCACGUUUGACAUGCGCUUGUGAGAAUGUGCGUCACAAACGUUUCCUUUAAGCAGCUGUUUCUGAAAGAUGAAUUCAAUGUUUUUUUUUUUGAAAUGUGCAUCGCAAACAUUUCCUCUAAGUAACUGUUUUCUUGUUAAAUCAAUUGCACCGCUGUUUUAAUUGUUAUGCAGACUGCUCCUUCGUAGGAAAGCCUGCAGCGGCUCAACUUUUGCACACUGUUUCCCAAACGCUCCUCGCACGUUCAUGCCAAGAGGGUUCCUGGCAGAUGUGAUCCACGGCACCUCCAGGGGAACCUUUGUGCUAGUUAGGAAUCGUUCCUUUGAAUAAACAAUUGAAGGCAGGGAGCAAACUGGUUUGCAAACUGGGUAAUAAAUGAUCCUUGCUUCAAGUCACAAGGCA